AUGGUCAGUCCGCCCCUGACUUGGAGUAGGUCCAAGGAUUCGCACCUGAGCAAACCGAAUUUCAGGUGUAGUGUGGUGUCCCCCGAAGAAGAGCAAAUAAUGUUAGGAGGGCAUUAGCCAGUUAAGAGCCAGAAUCAUUAGCCAGAAUGUGACAGUACCAUGCCACAAUCAUAUUCAUUGCACCAGGGGUGGACUGACAACUCAUGGGGCCCCCGGGCAACAGGGGAUCAUGGGGCCCCUGUGUGCUUGCCCAAACUCAAAAAAGCCUAUGAAAAAAGUACCAGGGGCAUCUCAUGGGGC